CCACAUAAGUUUUUUAAUAUAAUUGCCUUUGCAAUUUUUAAUUAGACAUAGAAAUAGUUAACGAAUAGCAAUGGAUUGCUAUAAAUAUAUGUCAUUUACGAGCUAUUUUUAGUGACGAAAUUUUGUAGUUAAUUUUGUUUAGUGAAUUUGAUAAGCAAUUAAUUUUUUUUUGCAGAAAAUGAAGGAGAAGGAGUGUAAAAAUGAAGAAAAUAAGAGUGAUUCAAAAGGAAUUAUUAUCAUAUUGGGUGUUUAUAUUCAUUGUCAAGGAUGUAAAGAACAAGUACUUAAAUCCCUUCGUGGCUUUGAUGGGGUGGGGGAAGUUGAGAUUGAUGAUAAAAAUCACAAAGUGAUGGUGAAAGGGAAGAAAUUAGAUCCUCUAAAUGUGGCUGAGAGACUGAGGAAAAAAAGUGGCAAACAUGUGGAAUUAAUUUCUCCAAUUCCAUCAAAGAAGAAAGAAGAAGAAAAGGAGGAGAAAAAACAAGAGCCUAAGGUUAUUGAAGUGAUUUUGAAACUAUAUUUACAUUGUGAAGGAUGUGCUAAAGAUGUCAAGCAAUGCCUUCACAAAAUGCCAGGGGUGCAAACAGUUGAUCCAGAAAUGAAGAACGAUAUAGUGAAAGUGAAAGGAUCAAUGGAUCCACAAAAACUAGUCGAAUUCAUCAACAAAAAAGCAGGAAGACAUGCUGAAAUUAUAAAGAAAAUUGACAAAGAGAAAAAUGAAAAAACAUUAUGUGAUAAAAAUUCAUUUGAUAUUAGAAAAGGUUGCAGUAAUUGCCAACAUGAUUAUCUUCAAUUUGUAUAUGCUCCUCAAAUUUUUAGUGAUGAGAAUCCUAAUUCUUGCUUAAUUAUGUGAAACAAUAAAGUUUAACCAUAUCUUAUAAUAUUAUAAUACCAAAUUUCAUG